AUGGCAGAUGAGCGGAAUUUUCGAUCGACCUAUUACGAAAAGGUUGGAUGUAGAGGAGUGGAAGAGCGAAAAUCAUUGGAGAUUUUACUUAAAGAAAAGCCUCUGAAUCUUACUAAACUGACACAAUUCUGCAUUCGCUUUACGGUUCCCAAAAUACAUCGAACUGUGUUGUGGAAUUCGCUACUUGGUGUCACACCAGUGUACGACAAAUCUCGAGAAUAUGUGAUGGAACAGCGAGUUGCCGUGUACAAUGAUUUGCUAAAAGCACUGAAAACUAUGCGCAUAGUGGACGACAAUACUCCAACGUCUAGAGUUCUUUAUGCGAUGUGGCUGUUGGAGAAAAAACAAUUGUACCUAGGCAGAGACAUCAAUCAAGAAAGCCAUUUUUGCAAUAUAACCAAAGUAUUGCUGGAAAUAUUCGACAAUGAUAUAGAGACGUACUGGAUGGCAAAAAGCCUGUACGACUACUCUGAAGAAGUAUCUUUAGAGAUGGGCAAACUAUCCGAUUUAACUUACACAAUCCUGGAAAAAGAAGAUAACGGAUUGUACAUCCAUUUGAAGUCCUGUGAUAUGCUUCACGCACUCCCAUUGACUGAGUGGUACAGAUCGUUCUUUGCUGGUGUGUUAUCGGAACCGGCAUUAAUUCGUAUAUGGGACAAGAUAUGCGGCGGGGCAAUAAAAAUUGUCGUUUUUGUUAUGAUUGAAACCUUACGUAUACUCCGCCGCCGUGUACUAAGGUGUAUGGAUCAAAAGAGUCUCUUCGAGUGCAUCGACAGUAUAAAAAACGAUCAAGAAACAGCCGACAUGAUCGUCAACGCGGCUAUCGAACUGUGGCAGCAAAACAAGGGACAUGAAUUUAUUCCGCAGAUGAGAAUGAAGUCAUUAUAUUAA